AGGGCCGAGAGCUCCAUUGAGCCCAUCACAAGGAGUUGGAGAGUCGCGGGUCGGAGUCGGUGGGUUGACAGGGGGAUCGUGACUUGGGAGACGCAGCCUGACCUGCCCAAAGCCUUUCCCUGUACCCACUACUCCUGCAGCUCCUCUUUGCCCAGUCACUGAUCCCCUUCCGCUGUGAUUUGUCUCCUGAAUCAGCUGCUGCAGCUCCUCUUUGUAUCACUGACUCCUGCAGGUCUGAAGCUCCCUGUCUGAGUCCGACUAAAGCAGUAGGAUCCAAAGGACUGACUCUCCACUGCCCCAGUCACUGCUCAGACUCCUCAGCUGCUGCAGCUCCUCUUUGCCCAGUCACCUCUCCUGAAUCAGCUGCUGCAGCUCCUCUUUACAAGACUGACUCCUGCAGGUCUGAGCUUCCCUGUCUGAGUCCGACUAAAGGAUCCGGUCACUGCUCUGACUCCUGUGGACUCUUUGCCUUCAGUCCCCCCCAUUCCUCAGACUGAACCUCCCCGGGGGGCUGCAGGGGGCACAGAGGGGGCGGGAGCUGCUGAAUUGCCCCGGAGCCUCCUCUUAUAUGGACCGACAUGGCCUCUGAUCUGGCGAUGAGCUCAGACUUGCCCAACAGUCCACUCGCCAUUGAAUAUGUCAACGACUUUGAUCUGAUGAAAUUUGAGGUGAAGAAGGAGCCCCCAGAAGCCGAGAGAUUCUGCCACCGCCUGCCCCCCGGUUCCUUGUCCUCCACCCCCCUGAGCACCCCCUGUUCAUCUGUCCCCUCCUCCCCCAGCUUCUGUGCCCCCAGCCCAGGGGCCCAAUCCAGUGUGAACCCCAAUAAUCCCAACGCUCCUGGCAAAGCCCAACUGGAGGAGCUUUACUGGAUGUCCAACUACCAGCACCACCUCAACCCCGAGGCCUUGAACCUCACCCCAGAAGAUGCAGUGGAGGCUUUAAUUGGGACCCCCCACCAUCAUCAUCAUCAUCACCAGCAGCAGCAGCAGCUCCAGGGCUAUGAGGGCUUCAGGGGGCAACAGUACCCGGGGGAGGACAUGGCACCAGCCGGGCACCACCACCAGCUCCACCACCACCAUCAUCAUCAUCAUCACAACCAUCAGCUCCGGAUAGAGGAUCGUUUCUCUGAUGAUCAGCUGGUCAGUAUGUCUGUGAGGGAACUCAACCGGCAGCUCAGGGGCUUCAGCAAAGAGGAGGUGAUUCGCCUGAAGCAGAAGAGAAGGACCUUGAAGAACAGGGGUUAUGCCCAGUCCUGCAGGUACAAGCGGGUCCAGCAGAGGCACAUUCUAGAGACAGAGAAGUGUCAGCUCCAGAGCCAAGUGGAGCAGCUGAAGCAGGAGGUGUCCAGACUGGCCAAGGAGAGGGAUCUGUACAAAGACAAGUAUGAGAAACUGGCCAGCAGGAAUUUUACCCCCAGAGAGUCGCCCCCGCAGCCCAAUCCUCCCAAAGCCUCCGCCGACUUCUUCAUGUGAAACUCUGUCCGACCCCUUGCCCGACCCCCCCAUAAUAACUAUCCACAAGUGGGCAAUCUCCUGUAUAUAGAGGUGUCACCCCUCCAGGUAAAACAAUCCUUAACCAUAACUUCUGCAUUCUCCCCCCCCCCCUCAUGCAUUUAACCCUUUCACCUUCUUCCUGGGACUCAAUUGUGGGGGAGACAAAUGUGAUGUUUUUGUUUUUUUUAAAAAAAAAGAGACAAUUUCCUGAACUUUCUUUAAGCUCUUAAUAAAGACACUGGGACCCCCCAGACCUCGCACAGACUUGUACAUAGAAUAAUAAGGAAAGGACUUUUUUUGGGGGGGGAGAGCCAUGUAAUUGCCCCCCCUGUACCCCAGUUAGAUGGACUGCUUAUUGAGCCAUACAUUGAUAAGGAGAACAAGUUGUUGGCAAGAUCGGCCGAGCACUGAGUGGAAGAGCCAGAGAGAGAGAAUAGUAAUAGACUGGGUCUGACAUGGGCCGGCGGCUCCUCCAGGCACCAGACACUCAGCACAAGCUGCACUUACUUUGCCUCUUCUUUUUAUUAUUAACCUGCAUGCGGGUCAUGUAUGGAAAUCCAAAGUAGCCCCUUUUUCUACUCAGCCUCACCGCAUGCUCUACAUUGCCCCCCAAUACCCCCCUUUUUCUUUUUGCUCGUUUACCCCCAAUUUCUGAACCUCUUCUUUUUGGUUUUCUUCUGCUGUAAAAAUAAGAAAAACUGAAUUCUUGUGCAUCUUGUAAAGUGACUUGAACACUGCAGAGUCUUAAUACCCCUCCCCGACCCCGCCGACCCCUGGACUUUCAUAAGACUUUUCCCACAAGGACUUCCAAGGGAUGAGGGUCAUUUUUUUUUACUUUCUCCUUUGCUCCCCGACCCCCUUCUUAUUUAAACACAACCUGAGCCAGAUACAAAAAGAAAUGAUUAUUAUUAUUUAUUGUACAUAGAAUUGUAGACUUUAGUUCAUUUCAACGCCUUCUUAUUUCUGAGCCUACAUUUUGCUUGGUGAUUUAAAAACAAAAAACAAAAAAAAAUAAGGAGAAGUCUUAAGUAAAGUAAUCGCAUGUAAAUCCUCUUUCAAUUCAUGUCGAUGAGCAGAAAAACUUAAUGCACUAUAUAAAGGAAUCAGUUGGAUCCAUCCUAUUGUUUUCUAGAGAUUUAAACAAAUGAUCUAUAAUGUUACCUUGUUGGUUAUUAAUAAACUUACAUUCUAAGGCUCCCCCUCCCCCCCCUAAAAAUAACACAAGGGGAGAGGGGGGUCACAUAGUAAUAUAUUAAUGAAUUAUUGGGCUGCCUUUUACUCUAUGCACCACUUAUUUAUGAAUUUACCCUUGGGAAACAAAUGUUAUUUAAAUUAUAAUGCUAAUGUACAAAUAUUUCUGCAGAAAAAAAAUGCCAAUAAAAAAAAAAUCAAAUUUGCAAAAAAAAACAAAAAACAACAAAAAACGCUUUUAUUUACUGUGAAAACAGAAAUAAUGAGAAUGGAUUUAAGGGAGGACUGGGGGGGGGGAUAUUGAUUUUAUUCUGCAAUUCUUUCACCCAAUUUAUUCCAAUGAAAUCACAUGUGUCUGUGUUUGUCUCAAAAGUCUAAAAUCCAGAGAAAAGGGAAUAAUUCCAGCUGAAGUUCUAGGAAAUGUUGCAGUAGAGUGCAAGCUCUUGUGCUCAAAUAAACCUGUUUCCAUGUGA